AAUAACAUUCGUUUUUACCCUUUCGAUGUUUGAAUUCUGCAAUUUGCUCUUAAAAUUCUGGACGUGAUCUUUCACGUUUAAAACCAGCUAUUUUGUGUGUUCAAUUUAAGCCAAAGUGCAGCAACUCAGAUUACUGCCGGUAAAAAUCAUUGCCGGAAAUUUCUUUCCCAGGUGAAAUGGCUGUAAUUUGAACAGGUGAAGGGCAGUCAAUCAAAAGUGGAAUUCUUCAAGUGAAAUGUCCACUUCAGCCGUCGUUCCGUUGGUAUUCUGGGGCAGCACACCUCCUAAACAUGUGGUAUCCUGUAUUUUGGUCACUUACGAUCAAAAGACGAUCAUUACUGGUUCCAAAUCAGGUCAACUUGGUAUAUGGGAUAUAAGGCAUUUGGAUGGGGGCAAAGUCGAAGUUGUUGCUAAAAGUUUGAUAUUUGGUCAUAAUGAUGUUGUGACAGCACUGGCCUGUGCCUGCGUUGGUUUGGAAAAUCAAUCAGCUGUCAUUAGUGCUGCAGAAAACGGCGAGCUUUGUCUUUGGGAUGUCGAUGAUGGUCUUUGUAUUCAAACCAAUUUUAUACCUGGUGCGCACACUAAUUUACUGCCAUUUAGUGUUUCUACUGGUGGCAGCAAGGAGUGGAGAGUAGUGUGUCAUGGAUAUUACUUGGACGUGUAUAUUGUGGAUGUCCUUACAUUGGAGGUUCUUCACACUUUGUCGUCUUCAGCCUCUUCCAAUUGGCUAGCAACUGCAUGUGUAGUCAGGCCUCCGUCGAGAAGGUUGGAUGUUCUUGUUGGCGUGACAUUGUUAGGGACUAUUAAAAUUUGGCCUCUCAAGAGAAAUCCUGAUAACAAGCCUACAGAAGCCAUGUAUGAUCAAAGUCUACCACAAAUGGCUGGAAUCAAAGCACUUCAUGUUGUAUGCAAUCCAUUCUCCCAAAGAACCAUUCUGAUUGUAUCUGCCAAGCAAUGGCAGAUGUACGAUGUGAGUAACUUUCAGUUUCUUGUGGCUGUGCCCGCUGUUGCUGGAGAAAACUGGACAGCUGCUGAUUUCAUACAAAGUAAUUGUGUCUUGGUUUGGUCUAAGGAGGGAAAGGCAUUCAUGUAUUGUCUACCACCAAGGUGUUGCCCUGAGAAAGAGAAUGUUCCAGCUGGACAAGUUACCGAACGUUCGCCUAACUUUAAUGGCCAGCCUCAGUUGAUUUGCUCAUUUCAUGAUAGAAGUGAACAGAGGACUUUCAGUGGUUCGAAAAUGAUGUUUUCGUACGGUCGUCUGGAACCAUUUCACAAGUUGAUAAUCGAGGGAAACUCUAGCGGAAGAAUUAAGGUUUGGUCUAUCGAUGACAUCGUUCUCGAACUUGGCAAUUACGAAGAGCGUCUACUUACGAACUCUUCCGAAGCGAUCCCGUGUGACGUAAGCACUGGUUAUGCUGAUAUUUGGAAUUCUUUGACGAAGCCUUGCGGUUUGUUGGAUUCCUUGGAUGGAAAUCAAAAACCAAUAAAGAUAACUUCAAGCCUCUUUCUUGGUGCUCAAGGAAAAAUUGCUUGUGGUCGGCAGGAUGGAACUAUUAUCAUAAUAUCAGCAACUAAAGCAGCAAUCACCCAGUUAUUUCCUUUGCCCACGACAUCUUGGCCCAAAUACCAAAAGUUGAUUGGUCAUGGAAGUAAGGUCACGUGUCUGCUCUACCAUGGAGAGUAUGACCGAUAUGCUCCUGAACACUUUGUGUCUGGGUCAGCGGACUUCACUGUCAACUUAUGGAAUCUUGCCACUGGUGUUCGUUACAUCUUUUCAGCCAAUGGUGGCGAGAUAUCGCGACUCACAUGUACACCACCUGAAUGCAGCAUUCGUAUUCAAAACUGCAUCUGCUCAAUAGCUCAAGAUCACUCCGUUGCAUUGCUAAAUCUGCGAGAUCAUCGUUGUGUAUUACUGGCAUCGUGCCACCGGUUCCCCGUGCAGACUGUAAAAUGGAAACCUGCUGAAGAUUUCCUUAUCAUUGGCCUCUCGGACGGGAGUGUAUAUGUAUGGCAGAUCGAGACUGGAAACUUGGACCGUCACGUGACAGGUGAUGCUGCUCUUGAUAUCCUUAAUGCGUGUGACGAUGAAUCAAAUAAACAAACGACGAAAGGAAGCCCGAGGCCCAGGGAACUUUUCACGAAAAAAUUGUCGUACAUCGCAACGAACAUUCCCAAGAUGCCAUCACAAAUAUCGCUUCGGAAAGUCAAGAAGUCUCGCAUGUCUGACAAGGCUCGGAACCACGAAGUCGAUAGCUAUCAAGAAAUGAGCAAGAGCGUCCCGGUUCGAGUGACGUCUCUGAGGACUGGACCUAGUGAAUCAGAAAUUCAUGUUAUGCUGUUCGAUCUGGAAGCACUUAUCUGUCAUCUUCUUGUUGAAGAAUUCAAGAUGCAAAAAAUCGGUUCGAACUCUCGAAAACAUCGGAAAGAUUCGCAAAAGCAAGUUUCAUUCACGUCCGAAAAUCGAGUUAGCCCAAAUUUGAAGUUUUUAGAAGAAAUCCAUGAUGGUGCUCAGCUCUUAGUCUCUUGUUUGCACUCCUGGGGCCUGGAUCCAGAGAUUGAUGAUAUUUGCACUGCGAAACUUGGGCUUCUAAAACCUGUUAAACCUGUUUUGUUUGGCCUUCUCACGCAUCGAAAGCUUAGCCUUAUCAUGCCUGGAUGGUAUUCUCAUGCAGCCCGUUCAUCGCCUUGCGCCCAAAAUUUGCCAGGUGGAAAACUCAAUCCUGACGAACUCUACGAAUCACGUUGGCAAUUUUGUUCUGCAUUAACAACACAACAUUCACUAAGUAUCGUUGCCUUGACCAACACGCUGAUGAGCAUGAGUCAGAUAAGCUUUUUGCCAGACGCAAAAGGUAGUCGCGCUGACAAAACUACGAAAGGUUCUGAUGUUGAAGCGAUGCCACCCGAUGACGCAAGCAUGGCUAUCGCUUCCAUGAUCCGUGCCAACAUCAAAGCCGGUUGGAGUCGUCUCGCAACAUUAUAUUGUUGUUUAUUACCCGAUAAACUGGACAUGGCUCAUUACAGGCCACCACUUCUACAUGUUUUAGCCAGACGUUGGCAAGACCGCUGUCUCGAGAUUCGUGAGGCGGCUCAGGCCAUUCUUGUUACUGAGCUCAGAAGAAUCAGCCACGAUGGUCGAGUGAAGGUUGUCGAAACCUGGGUACAAUAUUUACCUCAACAAAUCGAAGGGUCCAGUAUAAUGGAGUCAAAUGAUUCUGAUACAGAAGUAUCUGAUUCAAGCGGAGUCACAGCUACGGAAGACGAUUUCUCUGAAGACGUUUCUAAUGUUCUUGAUGGUGCGAAAAAACUCUUUCAAUAUGACGCGAACCGACGCCAGGCCACCUCGAUUAUAAUGUUGGCCGUGAUUGGCUCGGAGUUUCAAAAAGACCUGGCUUUGACCAGUAGCAAGUCAGAGAAAUCAUCCGAUGCUGUUGAGAAAAAAGUGUCUCUCCAAGGCGAAGUUUUGCUCCAACCACGUGUUGUGUAUCUCACAAGCCGAGCUCUCAUGUACAUUUUACUGAAGUCUCAGUCACUGACCUCGCGAACUUUAUCUUACACACCUAUGCGACGAACAGCGAUCGAUUUGAUUGGUCGAGGAUUUCCAUUAUGGGAGCCGCACAUGGAUGUUUCAGCGGUACUCAUGGCUUUAUUAGAAUUGUGCCCGGACAAUAGGAGUCACGUGGCAUCUUUUUCCAGAGGGUUGCCGCUGUCCAGUGCUGCUGACUCGCAAAGAUCAGCACGACAUGCCUUGACUCUUAUAUCGACUGCUCGACCUCUGGUUUUUAUAACCACCUUGGCUAAAGAGGUAGCACGAAGCUCCUCCGCUCAAGCAUUGCUGUCAUUCAAUCAAGCAUCCCCGGCAGCCAUUGCGGUUUACAGUCAUGUUCGUCCCCAGCCCUCGCCCACCGACAUCCAACAUUCGUCCACGCUAUAUCGUUCGAAGAAAGAGAUAUUGCGCGUGCUGGAGUUGAUGAUUGAUAAAACGCAAAGCGAAGUAAUGAAAUUAUUAACGGAGGUCGUUCAGAUCGUAAUUUAUUGCGUCGAGUCGAAACAGCUGAAAGAACGUGGCAUGAUGGAGAUAUUUCCAGCACUCUUUAAAUUUCACAUGAUAAGUUAUUGUACAACUACAAGACGUCUUGCAGUGGGCUUAAAAUCUGGGCAGAUCACUCUCUAUGAUUUGAGAUCAUCUAAAGAUCAGAUUAUUUCUGCACACUCCUACGCAAUCACCGCGGUAGAAUUUUCCAAAGAUGGUAAACUUCUAGCUACAUAUUCAUACCAAGACUCAAAGACGAGUUCCUCGUUGUUCGGUGUUCUUGGAUCAAGUGUCAAAUGUAUUCGCACGCAUAACGUGUGGAGAAAUGUGGAGAUCACACCUGUUGGUCUUAAGCAGACAAAACUUGUAUGGGUUAAUCAAAAAUCUGUCGUGUUACUUUUAGCGGAUGGUAAACAGCUUACUUUCUCGGUGUGAAUUAAUUCGAUGCUCGUGUACGAUAAAGACAGUUCUAGAAUUUUUAUUUAAAAUGUCGAAAUUUUUUCUUCAAAUCAUCGAAGAAGAAUUGCUGAUACAAAUGGGCCGCAAA